AUGAUCCGCCUAGGAACACUCAGAGUAAAGGGUCUAGCAUUGGAAUUUAACUUCGACGAAACCGAAUUCGAACAUACUUUGUUGAGAGAACUAACCAUUGAAGGGACCGAGAGGAAGGAUCAUAUAAAUUUCCUAAACAAUGUAGAGUCUAUGUUCCCCAGUCUACGAGUUCUACGCGUGCCGGCAGAUGUUGGUUGUUUCUUGCUAGACGAGGAUUAUGAGACUUAUGAGACUGAUUUCGAAUUGCAGGUACCGCUUUUUGAGAAACACAAGGUGCGGGAAGGUCAAGCUCUGGGCUUUUAUUGGCCACUUCCGAAGCCCUGGUAUGAUGACAAUCGCAUUGUCGAUCGAUGAAGGGAAAAGUGCUGACAGCUGACCUCUCACACUGAAAUUUUAGCAACAGAAUAAAAUUGAUUUGUCCCUCGA